AUGGAUUCAUGGAAAGAGGCGGCACGGAUUGUUGCUUCUUUGGAUGGUGUCAGCUGUGACUUUAAUAGCUGGCUGAUUGUGAUUGGGCUUAACCUUUCUAGCCAUUUCGCUCUUCAUCAUCUUCAAAAACUGGAUCUCUCUUCCAAUAAUUUCAAAAGCUCCACAAUUCCAUCUCAAAUUGGCCAUUUGUUGAGCUUGACACACCUUAAUCUAAAACAUUCAAACUUUGCUAGCCAAAUUCCAUUAGAAAUCGGUCAGCUAUCCAAUUUGGUUUCUCUUGAUCUUUCCUCUAACCCUGGUUUGACAUUAGAACCAACUGCUUUUUGACAGCUUGUUCGAAACUUUACCAAGUUGCAAGAGUUGGACUUGGGGAGUACAAACCUCUCUUUGGUUUCACCUAAUUCAUUUAUCAAUUUAUCUUUUUCUUUGUCAUCUCUCAGACUUUCAUCUUCUGGAUUAAGAGGAAAAUUUCCAAAUAAUAUAAUUCAGCUUCCAAACCUUAAAGUCCUUGAUUUAUCAGAGAAUGAAGGUCUCACUAGCUCCACUUUUAUAUCAAAUUGGAGUAUCUCACUCAGCUACUUGUCACUUUCUUGGACUAAAAUUCCGAUUUAUUUAGAAAAUGAAUUCUUCAAGAAUCUGAAGUUGUUGCAAGUACUGGAACUCAAUAGUUGCAAUUUUACUUUCAAGAAUCUGAAGUUGUGUGCAGAGUACUGGAACUCAAUAGUUGCAAUUGUUAUGAAAUUUAUCAAACUCGCUGUAUUGGAGCUUAGAGGUAAUGAUUUCGCUAGUCAAAUUCCAUCCUCAAUUGGAAAACUUGACAAACUCUAUCACUUGGACCUUUCAGAGAAUAAUUUUAGUGGCCCAAUUCCUCCCUCAUUUGCAAACCUUAGCUAUGGUCCAAUUCCUCCCUCAUUUGCAAAGCUUAGCCAGCUCUCAUAUUUAAGUAUGGAAAGCAACAAUAUCAAUGGUCCAAUUCCUCCAGAUAUUUGUAGGCUCUCUAGCCUAUGGUUGUUGAGUUUGUCUAAUAACUUGCUCACUGGUCAAGUGGACUUUGACGUUCUCGUUCUUUCAUCAAAUGAGAAAUUGACAGGGAGGAAAUUCCUUUCUGCAGGUUGUGAGUCAAAAGCACUCCAAAUCCUUGACCGGGUCGGAGUAACAAUUUCAGUUGGUCCCCAUUACAACAAUGUGGGAAACUCAGCAGUAGACUUUCAGGUAUUUAUACAUCUGGGUAUGAACAACUUUAAUUGGAGUCAUUCCCUCAAGCAAUAUUGGAACCAUCCAUCAAUAGGAAAUUUGACCAAUCUGGAAUCUUUAGACCUCUCUUCAAAUAAUCUUACUGGAAGGAUUCCGAUCCAAUUGGCAACUUUGACAUCCCUCGCAGUAUUUUCUGUUUCGCAUAAUCAACUUGAAGGACCCAUACCUACAGGCUCUCAGUUUAACACAUUUGAUAAUAGCUCGUAUGAAGGAAACACAAGACUGUGUGGAUUUCCACUGCAAAAGGCUUGUAAUUCUGGUGAAAGGCAACAAGUCACGACACCAUCAGGCGAAGAAGAUUCAAACUCUGAUGAAAAUGGACUUGGAUGGAAAUCUUUUUUCACAGGAUAUGCAUUUGGAGCAGUGUUUGGUCUCGCAAUGGGAUACCUUGUGUUCAGAACAAAAAAACCUACUUGGUUGGUGAAGCUGAUUGAAGGUGAAGGACAUCCAAGGCUGAAAAGAAGUAUCAACAACACCUGCAUAUCUUAUCAGAGAAGAAGAAGAAGAACAGUAAGUCAAAUGAUGAAUAAGCAGAUGGUGCAUUUGCAUGCCAAGUGGAAAGAAGAGAUCUCUUCUGUUGCUCCAGAAUCAAAUGCGUUACUUGGAACAUCUACAACAAAGCUCUUUUAA